AUGCAAUUCUCGAAGAUCUGCUUCCUGCUCUUCUCCAUCGUGAUGGCUGGCCUGUUCGCGUCGAGUGAAGCCUCGAUCCGAGCUCGUCGCGCCAUCAACCCAUUCAUGGAUUCGGUCGGAAAGCGAGCUGUUAACCCGUUCUUGGACUCGUUCGGAAAGAGGUCUCUCUACCCGCAGAAGCGCUAUUUCGACAGCCUUGCCGGACAAUCCCUUGGAAAACGCUCGGCCCCAUACGCUUAUGAUUAU